AUGAACGACGGCUCGACAGUCGACGCAAACUUGCAAAGGGAAUACGACGCUGAAGCUGAAGUCCUGAACCGUCAUCACAAUUCUCAGUUUCUCACCAUUGCACGGAAUGGAAUUAAAAAAGAAAUGAAUAUAGGUAAUAAAGUAUACCUUAAAAACAUUGAGCAUAUUGAUGAUGAUUCCCAUAUCAAAGUGCGAGUGUUAAAGAUGUGGAACUUUAUAAAAAAUAAUGCGGUUUUAGCAAUUGAAAUGAUUGUAAUGGAUGAGGAGGGUACAAAAUACUAUUAUCGUGUUUUCAAUCAAAAAUUUUCUAGAUUUGGUGAUCUUUUAAAGGAAGAUCAAACUUAUAUCAUUAUCAAACCCAACAUGGCGGCGGUGAACAAUGGUUUUAGUGUUACGGGUCAUAAACAGACCAUAACUUUGAAUCGAAGAAGUAUUCUAAAAAAAUGUGAGGAUUUUUCAGGUCCAGUGAAUGGUUUUGUGUUUGUUGAUUUUAAUUCUAUUAUCGAACAAACAUGCUCUAGAGAGUCAUUCUUUGAUAUUAUUGGACAAGUUGUCUCAUUUCGUGCACUUGAAACAUCAAAUCCUAACCCAUCCAAUCAUUACAUAAAGAUGACUUUUAGCAACUUACAGUAUGUACACCUGAAGGUCACUAUAUUUGGAACUCAAGCACACCAGAUGUCACAGUACCAUAAAACUAAUCCUACUGUAACUUGUGUUGUUAUAGUGAUGCAAUUUGCUAAACUUAACAUUUGGGAUGGAAUUGGUCAAGCCCAAGGUCAUUUUGAUGUAACCAAAUUGUUCAUUAAUUCAGACACUGUCGAAAUUAUCGAGUUUAAGAAAGAAUUGAAAGCUGAUAACAAUGGAGGUAUGUCUGAAAAAAGUAUAACUACAUUUCUAAGCUACUCUUCUUCUUAUAUAGAUGAUUUUAAAGGUGAUUUCCCUUUAAAAACAGUUUGUGAGAUCACAGAACCACCGAAGUAUUACGAUGCGUGCUCCAAAUGUGGGAAAAAGAUAGACACAAUGCCCAAAGUCAAUUAUUCCUAUAGCACCCCAGACAAAAUUUCAGAGACUGUUGUUACUAAAUGUAAAGAAGCACGUUGCAACACUUCGGAUUUUCAUCCUGUUACAAAGUAUAUGAUUCCAAUCAACGUACAAGAUGUUACUGGCACCAUCAGAUUGACUCUUUUUAAUAGGGAAGCGAAGAAGCUAUUGGGUAUAAGUGCAUACCAAUUGAGAAAAAUACAUGAAGAGGAUGCUAUUUCUUUUACGGAUGGCAAUUUAACUCCGUCGAAUGUUCAUAAAUCGAGCGCAACCAGUCCUGUCAAAACGUCAACUGAUUUAAAGCGCAAUUUGCAUGACGUUUAUGAUGUUGAUGAUGAUGGUGAUGCAAGUUCAACAAAAUCAAAAAGGAAAUCUUUGGGUGAAGAGACUCCACUUUUGGUGCCAAAAGUGGAGAAGUGA